AUGCCCAAUCGCGGAGGCAGUGAUCCCCAUGGCUUGGCCCACAUUGACCAGGUGCCCUGGGAUGAUGCAGAUAUCUCAAUGAUGGAGCCUGGAGACGGUAACGAGAACAUGGACUUUUAUCGAAAAAGCGGAGCCAAGGAUUCCAAGAAGUCGAAGAAACGAUCCAACGCCAAUAACGAUGGAGAGAUGAGAGACUUGUUUGAUACCAACAAGGCAAAGUCUUUAGAGGAUGUCGCGAACGAACUGCGUGGGAACGAGCGUGGUCCAAAGGCCGAGAGGAAACGCCAGCUGUAUGCCAUGUUGUGUUUCGGCAAGCUGGUGCGCAUUCUGUUCCCUAACAUACAGACUCGGCGGCUAGGUGUGAGAGGCGAAUCAAAGUAUCACUAUGUGAACUUUGACUUGAAGGAGCAGCCAGCAACUGAGAGGGGCACCUCCCACCCCUUUCAUGCACCCAACGAUAUCCCUACGGAGAAGAGCCCCGAGGUGGACUUCAACACAACGAUAACAAAAGACCCUGCGCCGCCCAGUGCUCAGCCGCCCAGGCUUGACGACGUGGCCAAUCGUCGAUCAGGCACGAGGGCGACGGACAGAUGGAUUGAGGAAUGCGAUAUCCUUCUCUACCAACGGUGCACGAGGCUCAUUGCGCACUUGUCGCACCAAGUCAUUCCGCAAAGGGUUAUGAGCUCGAUGCGCAAGAUUUCCGAGCGCCUGGUAGGACACAUUCACGAAUCAUUCCGCGGGCAGCCGAGUCAUGUCCUGGAGGCCAAGAUCGGUCCCGCGACGGUGUUUGCGGGUAUCAUGGACAGGAUGCUGCGUGUCAACGUCUCCGCCCAUGCCAUGGUGCGGGAGAUGACCAAUGUUGCGAAUCGUGACCAGAUGUUUGUUGAUUGGGUCCAGAACAUCAAUCCGCGCAAGAUUGCCGAGUGUGUACCCACGCGAGGGAUGGACGAUGUGGUGAACCUACUCUUGACAGAGCUGAGGGAUGUGCUGGAGCCGGAGAACGUGCCGCAGACUGAGGAUUUUGUCAUGUACAUGUCGUCGCGGUCCCAAGAGAUUCGGCAAAAUGGGCAAGAGUCUGCUAGGAGGGCGACGGGACGUUCCCACAUUGAAAGGCUGGAGGCCUUCCUGAUGAGUCUGCCCUCCAAGUUUCCAUACGCUUCCCACGCGGACAUUGCCUGCUCAUGGCUUGUACUCAAGGUGUUUAUUGAUGAGGAGAUUUGGUUCCUGGCGGAGGCUGGAGGCUUUCUGCGUACCACCUCGAUCCGCGGGGACGUUGGCCAAGACGAUUCGGAAGCACCCAGCAAACGUGUUUCCAGCAGCAGCGGUGCAGUUCCCGACAAUGCUGGUCCUACCGAAUCCGCUUCGCCUUUGACCGCCGCCCCGACUUCACCGCGAGUUUCGAACCGGGCGCCAUUCCCUCCCAAACCUUCGGACAACUUUGCAGAUACGACGCCUGACGUGCAUGAUGACAGUGGGAUCGGAAUCCGCACACCGGAUACGGAUUUUCACAAGUUUACCUUUGGUAACGCAGAGCAACUGGUCGAUGUCGACGGAGUACUCGACGGUGCAGGCCGAAGCGAUCGGCCAGAUGAGCUCAUGAUGAAUGCUUGA